AAAAGUGUCAUUAAGCAAAUCCCUGCAUAUUAGGUAGCAAAUGGCCCUAAGUGUCAUUAAGGAAGUGUAGUGCUUAAACUUUAAUGAUGCCGUAAAAGUAAUUAAACGAAAUAUUUGGUUUCAACAUUGUCAUUUCGUAUUCUGAAGUUAAAGUGAACCAUGGCAAAAGUUGUGAAAAUUUUAUUUUUGAUGUUCAGUGUUUGUCUUUUUAUUCAAGAAGGAUUUCCAUUGACUUGUUUGAAGUGCAGCUCGAGUGAUGUUAAUGGCAAUUGUCGCACUGGAAGCAGACCUCGUCGGGGAAGUUGGUCAAGACAAGUAUGCCGUAGUGAUACAGCAAAAUGUUUUGCGGUAGCAUCAGUUAACGAUUACGGACAGCCACAUUUUCAACGAGGUUGUACCCGUUCAAAUAACAUCUGCCAAGAAAGAGAAGACGUCGAUAUUGCUUUUUGCUUGACCUGUAAAUCUUUACACUGCAACUACGAUUACAUGCUACUCAACCCCGGUUUAGAAGAAUUUCUUAACGUAGUCAAUAAUAAUCAAAUUCGAGAGGAAAACUCCACACCAGCCUCUUUAACUACUACCUCAACUGUAUCAGUCACUAAUCCGCCACAUGUUUAUAAAACUACAAAAAGUCCUUUGGCGGAUACGAAGACAUCUCGCUUGAAUGCCAUGAAUGUCAAACCAGAAUCUAAAGAUGAACUUCAAGAAAAUCUUCCGGAGGAUGGAUUUUUUGAAUUUGGUAAAAGAAUUCCAACACAACCGAGCAGUAAAACUUCAGACGUAACGUUCUUUGACGAUGCCUUUACUUUAUCUGCAAAAAAUCAUUAAUGGAUAAACAACACGUUGAUUUAGAUGUUAGAAGUUCAUAAUACUCAUCCAUUUAUAUAUUUUGUAGAAAGUAAAUAUUUAUCUUAACCACCGUUAUUUAAGGACCUACUAAAUUAAUAAAUUUUCUGGUUUAA